AUGGUCCAGAAUGAUACCUUGGCGGAUGCCUGUGCUCUCGCCAUCUACGGAGGCGAAGCCCGGGCCAUCAGCAAGAUCAAGCGCUGUCGCCAGAAGUCGGUCGAUUUCCGCCGUCAAAAGCCCACGGCUAUCAAGUCUCGCCGCGACCAAGCCCGCCAUCUGGGCGUCGAAUCCCCGGAGAACAUCGGCACCCAGAAACAAACGAACGGUAUCGUUGUCAUCGACUUCCGUGAACCAAAGUAG